AACGACAGCUUGCUGACUGCUGUGAUAUGGCGGAUCGGCAAGGUGAUUUGCAUUUCGACGAAUUGUCGAAGGUACGUUUGAUGUCCGGUGAUUUGAGCGCGAGAACUCAGGAAAUGAAGGACGAGUGCAAGGAGUUCGUCGACAAAAUGGGAACGUUUCAGAAUCUUGCUGGAGGUUUUAUUGGAACUGUGGACAAACUGUCGAAUGCCGUGGAAGCUGAGAAAUUGAAGGCUAUUGGCUCUCGAAAUCUUCUCAAAUCCAUAGAAAAGCAAAGACAAUCUGAUCAACAGCAACUUCAGGCUCUCAUAACAGAAAAGAAAUUACAACUGGAGAGAUAUCGAAUAGAGUACGAGUCGUUGCUGAAAUGCGAAGCAGAACAGAAAGAAUUCAUCGAACAGUUUAUGCUACAGAGUUAAUCAAAUGAUUAACAGACACCAUUCCUAUAGCUACCCAUACAUAUGUAAAAUGUGUAGUAAAAUACUUGAACCAAACAUUGAAGUCAGGUAUCUCCGUGUCAUC